CAGGAACCAACGCUGGCGUCGUCACGACGGCCACCUGCCGCACGUGCAAGCGCUUCGCGCAGCCCGCUGGCCCAGGCUGCUUCCUCGCUGCCCGCUGCCCGGGCGCUCCGCAGCAUUUUUUGCUGGCUCGAGGCGCCCCCCCCCCGGGCGGGCAGAGCCCGGCGCACUGUGCCGCAGUGCGGCGAUUCGGGUGCUCCAUGCUCGCCGUCUGCUGCCCCCCCCCCGUCGAGGGCCGCGAGAAGCAGCACGAGAUCGCCCGCUCCCCGUCCCUGUGGCAGAUGGGGGACGACGAGCCCGCUGACCCCCGGCGGCCCCACGCUGCUGGCGCACGGGCCGCGCGUCGGCAAGGCGGACCGCGACAACAACGUGGACCGCACCCCGACCUGGGCGAGGGACCAGGUCGGCUUCGGGAGCCUGUCGCUCCCCAUGGUGACGAAGAGGACCGGAUAUAAGAGGGGGCGCCCCCCCCGCCCCUCAAGCGAGGAGGGGAUGGCCGAGGAGGGGGAGGAGGAAGGAGGACGACGGCGUGGUCGGCAUUAGUCAUUUUGAAGGUUUUCGGGGUGUCUGCGGGCUCUCUUUGCCAUGGCUGGGCGCAGCUCGAACAGCAGGGCAGCCUGGACUCCGGGAAGGGUGCGGGAACCCGUCCUGAAAGGUGUUUGGGCGGACGCCGCGGAUCCACAGGAUGCGAAGAUCCGUGCUUAU